AAGGUCAGACGCUGUAGCAGUAUAAAUACACAGCAUAGUUACAUCCAAACAUAAUUGCUGUAAGAGGCAAGUCAGAGGAGAUGAAGGAGAACUGCAAUUCACUGAAUCUUCUGGAAAUGGCAGCUGCCCCUGAGCCAGAGCUGCUGUGUAUAUUUGGGACUGGGGACCUGGGGCGCUCUCUGGGCUUCCGUCUGCUCCAGUCUGGCUACAAAGUUGUGUAUGGCAGCAGAAGACCACACAGCUGCGGCCCUUUACCGCAGGGAGCUCAGGUGAUGACCCAUGAAGAAGCAGCCAAAUCUGCUGACCUGAUCUUUGUUUGUGUUCACCGUGAACAUUAUGAAUUCUUGACAUCAAUAGAUCAUUGUCUUCAAGGGAAGGUUUUGGUGGAUCUCAGUAACAACCUGAAAAAAGAUAUAUACCCGGAAGCAAAUGCUGUCUACUUGCAAAGGUUGGUCCCAAAAGCUACUGUAGUGAAAGGUCUUAACACACUCUCUGCCUGGGCCCUGCAGAAUGGAUUGCUGGCAGGUAAACAGGUGUACCUGUGUGGAGAAAGUGAAGAAGCAAAGCAGGCAGUGGCACGGAUGGCAACCAAACUGGGCCUUACUGUUUUGGAUAAAGGCUCUCUUUCAGCUGCUAGAGAGUUGGAAAACUUUCCCCUACAAUUGUUUCCAGACUGGAGGCUCCCUUUGUCCAUAGCUCUGGGUCUCACCGCCUUCUUUUUCUUCUACCUCCUCAUUAGAGAUGUCAUCUAUGCAUAUGUUGAAAAGAAUAAUGAUAUCUCAUACCGAAUAAUGGUGUCCCUUACCAACAAGGUGUGUCCAAUCGUGGCCCUCAUUAUGCUAUCUCUAUGUUACCUGCCUGGUGCUGUAGCUGCAUUUUUUCAACUCUACAGAGGCACAAAAUACCGGCGUUUCCCUAACUGGCUUGACCGCUGGAUGCUUUGCAGGAAGCAGAUGGGUAUUGUUGCACUCGGCUACGCUUUUCUACAUGCCAUCUAUACAUUCAUCAUUCCUAUUCGCUACUCUGUCAGGCACAAACUUAUCUCGGCAGUGGUGGAUGAGAUGAAGAAAAAUAAAACCACCCCUUUUGACUUUGAUAAUACGGAGGCGUGGGGCACAGACUCGUUCUUAUCACUGGGAAUCCUGGGAUUUUUUCUUUUUGUCCUCUUAGGACUAACAUCCCUGCCCUCUGUUGGAGGCUCUCUCAGCUGGAGAGAAUUCAGCUUUAUUCAGUCUAAACUGGGACAUCUCACUUUGUUCAUUUGUACGGCUCAUGGCUACAUCUAUGGCUGGAAUAAAUUUCUUAGCUCCUCAACUUAUAAAUGGUACACACCUCCAGGCUACAUGCUCUGUCUGAUUGUACCUUCUGUGGUUCUGGUGCUUAAGCUACUUCUUCUCCUUCCCUGCGUGGACCGAACCCUCACCCGAAUUCGACAAGGCUGGGAGAGAAAUAAGCCAAAGGAGAAUGCUGGUGAAAUAAAGGCCACAACACUUUGAAUGUAGUUGUUAGAAGAUACAGCCACUAAGAAUUUCUUCCACCUUAUUGAAAUUAGCACAAAAUAGUGUUUUUUUUAAUAAGCUACACACAGCUUUGAUUGGAUGAUAUUUGAAUUGUGUGCAAGAUUAUCCAUUUUUGUUUUCAUGAAGAGGAAAAAAUAUAAGAAUUGAUUAUUUUAAAUAUAUUGCCCUCUAUGCGUGAUGAAUUCUUUCU